CGCUUAGUCAUUUCGUUAUGUAGUCACGUCAGGAUGCGGAAAAGUCUCACACUACCUUCGGUAACAAGAUUAGAUCAUUGCAAUAUAUGUUAUGAGUUUACUUUCCCGGUAUUUGAGGUGUUUUUUAAGUUGACUAUCUCACUAUUGAACAUAUGA